AUGACGGCCAGCUCGGAUCCGCAGAGUCUGCCAAGCGCGAUCCCUGCCGGCUUCGCGCGCGCGGCUGCCGCGAUGCACCCGACCGUGCGCUCGCUGCUCGUCGAAGGCGCAGACCCAGCGACGGUCCCGGUCGAUGACCUGCUCGCCGCGCUCGGGCGCGAGGGAUCGCCGACGGCGGCGGAAUACGGCUCUGUGAUGGCCGUGCCACAGUCCCUCUCCGCGAGGGCGUGUGCCGCUCUGCGGGCCGCCGUCGACUCGCAGCGCCGGCUCGAGGCGGACUCUGUGGACGGCCAGGCGGAGCACCAGCUAAAUCUCAGCCGGGCGGCGCUCGAGGCCCUCGUCGGCAGCGCGGAGGCGGCCAAGCUAUGGAGGCUGCCCACCGCAUUUCGCGCGCGCACCGCCGUCGCGCGGUACUCGGCGGAGACGCGGCCGUGGAUUGCCUUCCACCCCGACGCCUACGAGGUGACCGUCAAUGUCGCGCUCUCGGACGAUGCGUCGCACGAGGGAGGCCGCCUGCUCGGCGUGUUCGGCGGGGCGGUGCAGCCGCUGCUGCGGGCCGAGGGCGACGCCACCGUGCACUCCUCCCGGCUGCUGCACGCCGUGAGCGCGAUGACGGGAGGCACGCGGUACGCCCUCAUCCUCUUCUUCGACCGGCGAGCGCGCGCUGGCCGGCGCACGCGCUGGAGCACGCCCGCCGCCGCCGUGUCAAAGGUCGAAGGUCGGGAUGCGUUUUCUGUAAGAGUGAGCGGCGGCGGGGUAGGGCAGCUGUUAGGUUAG